AUCGGAGCAAUUCCUGGUCAUCCCUUGACAAUAUGACAUUGCCUGAAUGGUUGCGGUGAUGUUUCAUUAUGUAAUUAAAAUAAUCAAACUGUCAAUUUUAGAAAGUACCCAUUUUUUUCUUUUGCUCCAUCUCGGGGCCGUGGGUUUCUCUCUCCUUCAUUUCUUGAAAUAAAACCCUAUCUGCAAUCCAAAUUCCCCUCCCCCUCUUUCUGCUUUUCUUUGUCUGUAUAAUCAGAUCCGUCGAUAUGAUCCAUUCAUCUAUUUGUCGUUAAUUGACCCGUUCUCGCGCAAUCAAAUGCGAAGACAUUCGAAUCUCUGAUUUUGUUUCUCCCAAUUUUCCAAUUUCUCUGAAAGCCUCUCACUGCUUCCCAAUUUCAUUAUAUCUUCAUUCCAGCUUUGAUUUCGCUGUUCUUCUUCUUGAAAAUUUGGGAUUUUCGGCCGGGAUAGAAAGGCUGGCGAUUGUUCCGUGUAUUUGGUAAUGGCGGAAGCGCCUCCUGCCCGCCUCAGGUCUAUUCUCGUCUUUGCUUCCCAAUUUGAAGAGUCCGUUUGCUUGGGUGAAGGUGGUUGUGGUUAUGAAGUGAGUUCUUUAACUUUAGAAUCAGUGAGAAAAGUGUGGACUGAUCUGCUUAUCCCAGAAUGGUGACUGUGGUGCGAGUGCAUCUCCCGUCAGAGAUACCCAUAGUAGGAUGCGAACUUACGCCCUAUGUUCUUUUGCGUCUGCCCGAUAGUUCUGUAACUCCAGAUGAUGUUCCCGAGUCCUCCCCCAUCAAUGGCCAAUUCUUGAGAUACAAGUGGUAUCGAAUACAAAGUGACAAGAAAAUUGCCAUCUGUAGUGUUCAUCCAUCUGAGCAGGCUACAUUACAGUGCAUUGGAUGUGUGAAAGCAAAAAUUCCUGUCGCUAAGAGUUACCAUUGCUCCACUAAGUGUUUUGCACAUUCAUGGCCACAUCACCGUAGUUUGCAUGAACAUGCUGCUAGUGCUGUCAAUGACAACACAAAUGAGGAUGAAGAAGUAGUAUGCUACAACAACACAACAACUUUGCAUCCAUCACCAUCUGCUUCUAGCUUGGCAAAUGGCACAACACCUUUAUAUCCAUCAUCAGCUGCACAGAGGAAUGGUGGUGAAGCCUGGGUUGAAGUUGGACGGCUUAAGACAUAUACACCAACAACUGAUGAUAUUGGUCAUGCCCUUAAAUUUGAAUGUGUUGUUUUAGAUGCAGAAACCAAUCUUUCAAUUGGACUGGCAAAUACUAUAUUGACAUCUCGUGUGAUUCCAGCUCCAUGUCCUACACCACGCCGCUUAUUUUCAGUCAGAGAAGGUGACGUUUCAGCAAUUCCUGAUUUGGGUGGCCGCAUUUCGUCUUCUGGAACAUUUACUGUGCUCUCGUACAAUAUAUUAUCUGAUUCACAUGCCACAAGUGAACUAUACAGUUACUGCCCGUCUUGGGCCCUUUCUUGGACAUAUCGUAGACAGAAUCUAUUGCGUGAAAUAACUGGCUAUCGUGCUGACAUUGUUUGUCUUCAAGAGGUUCUAAGUGAUCAUUAUGAAGAGUUCUUUCGUCCUGAACUGGACAAACAUGGCUAUCAAUCUUAUUUCAGAAUGAAAAGUUGUGAGGGGUAUGGUAGAAGUAUGAAUAGUGUUGAUGGCUGUGCUACUUUUUUUCGACGGGAUAGAUUUUCGCACGUUAAGAAAUAUGAGGUUGAGUUUAACAAAGCUGGGCAAUCAUUGGCUGAUGCUUUAGCUCCCAGUGUUCAAAAGAAAACUGCUUUAAGUCGUUUGAUCAAGGAUAAUGUGGCACUCAUUAUGGUCCUGGAGGCAAAGUUUGGUAACCAGGGUGUUGAUAACCCCGGAAAGCGCCAGUUAGUAUGUGUGGCAAACACUCAUGUGCAUGUUCCACAAGAGUUGAAGGACAUCAAGCUUUGGCAGGUUCAUACACUUUUGAAAGGACUGGAAAAGAUUGCUGCUAGUGCUGAUAUUCCAAUGUUGGUCUGUGGUGAUUUUAACUCGAUACCUGGAAGUGCUCCUCAUGCACUCCUUGCAAUGGGGAAAGUUGAUCCGAUGCACCCAGAUCUAGUAGUUGACCCUCUUGGUAUUCUUCGCCCAACAUCCAAGUUAACACAUCAACUGCCACUGGUAAGUGCUUACACUUCCUUUGCUAGAAUGGAGGGUGGUCUUGGAAGCGAGCGCCACAAGAGGAGGAUGGAUCCUAUCACCGAGGAGCCCUUGUUUACAAAUUGCACUAGAGACUUCAUUUCUACUCAUGAUUACAUAUUCUAUUCAGCGGAUUCAUUGACUGUUGUGUCAUUGUUGGAGCUUCUAGACGAGGAUAGCGUGAGAAAGGACACAGCACUACCUUCUCCAGAGUGGUCUUCUGAUCACAUAGCCCUAUUGGCCGAAUUUCGCUGCAAACCAAAGCAGAAACACUGAUGCUUGGUCUUUUUCUACACAAUGGAUUUUGAAAAUAGAUGCAGCAGUCACGAAGAGUUUCAUGUAAAAGUUACUGUAACAAUAGUAGAUGAUGAUGAUUGGUAUCCUCCCCUAGAGGCCCCCCCCCAUAGCUAUUGUAUCUUCUUUUUUGUAUUAUGCUGCUUUUUUCUCAUAGAAGGAAAAAAAGAUCCAUGUUUUCCUUUAUUCAAAUAGAAGAAAUAUCAUCUAUCCAAUAUAUAAUCUCUUCCUUC